UCGUGAAAUACCGACGUAGAACGUAGAUCUCGGCUGUUCCAUGACUUCUGUCGUGUGUCGCUGCCCUACUACAUAGAUUGUGCUUUCAGGCUCAGUCAACGAGGAACGUCGCACAAGGAAAAGACCACCUUAGGAUUGAGUCGAGUUCCUGGAAACGAUUGCCUCAUCUUGCUUGGUCUCUUCCUUUCUACAAUUUGGGAUUCUCCCUCUUCAAACGAUUUUCUUGACUCGCUUUGGCUGAACAACAUGGCUGCUGACAAAGGCUGGAGUAUGCCGCCCACGGAGGGUACUCCCCCCGACGCCCCGCCCUCGUAUGAGCAGACACAAGCAGCCCAUGGAGCGGCCAAAGGUUAUGCUUAUCCCCAACAACCACCACCACAGCAACAACCGAACACGAGCAACGCAUCAGAUGGCCGACCCGUGAUCGUUCAGUACGUGAAUGCCCCCAACUUCGGUCAUCGACCCGUGAACAUGGUCUGUCCUCAUUGUCAAAGCCAGAUCUGUACCUCAACCGAAUCCGAACCCGGAGCAAUGGCCUGGGUCCUGGCUGGGGUCCUGUGUGUGGUCGGGUUGUGGCCUUGCGCCUGCAUUCCUUGUUGUAUCGACAGCCUGAACUCUGUAACACACAAGUGCCCCAAUUGUCGGAACUUUUUGGGCCGUUACAAAGGAGGAUUCUAAGACAUCAACUGUCAGUCAACGCAGCCAUACGUGGCAUGUGGAAAAGCACGUGUCCUUGGUCAUAUGCCGCACUGUCGUUAAUGUCAUUACAUGUUGGUACCGAAUCUCCGAAUUCUUUUGAGAUUGGAGUGAUUUAAAAGAGCAUACGACGCUAGCCGUAUGAUUCCUCCUGUUCUUUCCCUUACAGACGUUUCAUUUCCCUUGAUUUUGCUGCUAUUUUGAAUCAUGCCCGUCCGGGGAGCAAACCGGCCUCUCAACCUUGAGAGGUCGCCUUUGCUCAGCUUUUUCAUCUUACAUGUAUACUUUCCGUUCACCCAGUAUUGAAAACAAACCAGAAAAAUAAAUUUGUAUGUUCCUGCACCUAAAGAAAUAAAACCAAGAAAACUGUA